CUCCUAGGAGCCGGAGCUGGAGGAGCCGCGCUCAUGGCGUUCAGCCCCUGGCAGAUCCUGUCCCCCGUGCAGUGGGCGAAAUGGACAUGGUCCGCGGUGCGCGGCGGGGGCGCCGGAGGGGACGAGGCCGGAGGGUCGGAGGGCGACCCCGAGGAGGAGGACUCGCAAGCCGAGACCAAAUCCUUGAGUUUCAGCUCGGAUUCUGAAGGUAAUUUUGAGACCCCUGAAGCUGAAACGCCCAUCAGAUCACCUCUCAAAGAAUCCUGUGUCACAGCUGGACUGGCAGGCCCAGGGGCCAAAACCCAAGAUUCACAAGAAGUGGACGAACAUCUGGUGGCAGAAGUGGUAGAAAAAUUUUCAACAGAGGCUUGUUCUAGACCCUCGGAACACGAGGUGGCUCCACGGGCUGCUGCAGACUCUUCCCCCAUCAAGGAUCUCAGAGAAGAACCUGAACACGAUGCUAGCAAAAUCUCAAUAGUGAGGCCAUUUUCCAUAGAAACCAAGAAGCCCACAGAUGUCCUGGCAGCGCUUGGAACAAAAGCAGCUCAUGGCAGCACCCCUGCUGUCUUAGGCGAGGUGGCAGCCCCCCGCUCAGUGGGUGGCACCCAGGACGAGGCGAUGACAGAGGACAAUGUGGGGGUCACGCUGGGGGCUUCCACAGAGGUCGACCUGAAGACGGGAGCACAGCCGGAGCCCGCAGUUGGCAGAAGCAGGCUGAGGAAGCCCAAGCCCGUACCCCUGAGGAAGAAGGCAAUUGGCAGCGAGUUCUUGGGUUCCGACCUGGCUCUGGAGGGCACGCACCUCCCCAGGCCGUCCUGCCGGUUCGGUCCUGAUGAGGUGGCUGAGAAUUCCAGCCCUUCCCGACUAGGAGUUGCCAGGAUCCAGAAACAUCCCCCUGCAGUUAAGGAGAGGCCAGGCGUCCCUAGUAGUGACACCAACGACUCAGGGUUUGAGGUGCUUGAGGAGGCAAGGGGCUCACCUCUGAGGCUCCAGUUGGAUUUCGCAGAAGACGUGGAAGAUGCAGAGUCCAGGGAAUCCCUCCCGCAAAAACUGGGCAGGAAGCUGGGGAACAGACUGACCCCCGAGGUCAGGAAAGACUGCUCUGGGGAGCCAGUGGGUGCCAAAGAUUUGGAGUUGCUUCCAGGCCUGGCUGCAGAGGAUGCUCCCGGCCUCCGAGACUCUCCGCCGUUGGACCCCCAUCCCUGGGAAAGCCCUGGCCUUGGUCCCUUUGGAAGCCCUCCAUCCUGCAGCACGCCCCCGCUCCCCUCUCAGGGCUCCUACUGCUUCGACCAGGACGACAUUGACGAAUCCCUGGAUCCCUUUAAACCCACUCUGACUUUAACAGGCAGUGACUUUGUGUCUCCUGCCGGUAAUCAUAUCAGUGAAAUCUUAGAGUCACCCAAGAAGCCAAAGUCACGUUUAAUAACGAGUGGCUGUAAGGUGAAGAAAUAUGAAGCCCAGUCUCUUGCUUUGGAUGGGUGUUCGCAGGAUGAAGGAGCAGUGAUCUCCCAGAUUUCUGACAUUUCCAACAGGGAUGGCCACGCAACAGAUGAGGAGAAGCUGGCGUCCACGACCUGCGGUCAGAAACCCACCGGGGCCGAGGGGAAAGGUGAGCCAGAGGAAGACCUGGAGUACUUUGACUGUUCCCAUGUUCCCGUGUCUGCCAUAAAUCAUACGUUUUCAUCCUCAGAAGCAGGCAUGGAGAAAGAGAUGAGCCUGAAGAUGGAGAAGGAUGGAUCCACCAUGCCCGGAACCUUGGAGGCCCCGAUGGAGAAGGCUCCUGUGUCCGUGGCCUGCGGAGGGGAGAGCCCCCUGGACGGCAUCUGCCUCAGUGAAUCAGACAAGACCGCCGUGCUCACCCUGAUCAGAGAAGAGAUAAUCACUAAAGAGAUUGAAGCAAAUGAAUGGAAGAAAAAAUAUGAAGAAACCCGACAAGAAGUCUUGGAGAUGAGGAAAAUUGUGGCUGAGUAUGAGAAGACCAUUGCCCAAAUGAUCGAAGACGAACAGAGGGCGAGUAUGACCUCCCAGAAGAGCUUCCAGCAGCUGAGCAUGGAGAAGGAGCAGGCGCUGGCCGACCUCAACUCCGUGGAGAGGUCCCUCUCCGACCUCUUCAGGCGAUAUGAGAACCUGAAAGGCGUCCUGGAGGGGUUCAAGAAGAAUGAAGAAGCCUUGAAAAAAUGUGCUCAGGAUUACUUAGCCAGAGUUAAACAAGAGGAGCAGCGGUACCAAGCCCUGAAAAUCCACGCGGAAGAAAAACUAGACAAAGCCAAUGAAGAGAUUGCUCAGGUUCGAACAAAAGCCAAGGCUGAGAGCGCUGCUCUGCAUGCGGGGCUCCGGAAAGAGCAGAUGAAGGUGGAGUCCCUGGAGAGGGCCCUGCAGCAGAAGAACCAAGAAAUCGAAGAACUGACGAAAAUCUGUGAUGAGCUGAUUGCAAAGCUGGGAAAGACAGACUGAGUACCCCGGUUAGCUCAGCAGAUCUGCAUUUGGCUGCUUCUCUCGUGACCAUGAUUAUCUUGCCUUAUCCAGGAAUAAUUGCCCCUUUGCAGAGAAGAGAAAAAAAAGAAAAAAAAAAAAAAAAAAA